AUGGCCCCAAGAAAUAGUCAUAAGGAUUCUGCUUCAGAAUCAGAAUCUAAUACGAAUUCACAUACAAGACACACAACUGCUUCGUCGUCGACUAGCAAAACAUCACAAAAAGCAAGAAAUCAAUUAGCCCUUCAACAACAACAACAAUACCUAGCUAAACAUAUUAAUUCUAAUGGUCCUCAAGAUAGACCAAAACCUACUCCAUUGGAUUUUGCUACAUAUAAAGAUGAGGCUUUAUUGAAAUAUUCAGAACGAUAUGGAUUUCACAACUUUUCCCGAAUCGACUCCUUAAACUCCGAUAUAUUAAAUAGUGAGAUUGGGAAGAAGACAUUCAGUAAAAGAAGUAAGAAAAGACAAAGAGAUAAUGGAAGAAUAACCAAGACAGAAGUUGCCAGUCAUAUCAAGAACCAUUUUGCUGGAUUACCUGCUAAAGAAAAUGAUAUAAUCACUGGAUUCUUGUAUAAAGUAAAACAUCAAGAUAAAGAGUUCAAGUUAACAUUUCAAUAG